AUGCAGAACCCCGCUAUGAGUCGAACAUUCGAGUCAAUCAGGGAACAACUCUCUCAAUACUCGGACGGGGACAUCGAUGGUGUCGAAUUCAGAUUCGAUUGGGAGGUCCCGGAGAUUGUCAAAUCCAACUACCACGCGAACAAGGAAGUAUGGAGCCCCAGAACGCACGUCGUUCUCUUGCAGGACGCCACUUCCCCUGCCGACGUAAUGGCAACGACAUGCGGGGAGUACCUUACCAGAAACUGGGGCACCUGGAUCCCAAUGCUUGAAAUGAUGUUGGACAGUUAUACGAAAGCGACCCUGAAAGAGCCAGAGGCAGCGUCGUCUUCUUCGGUUCGAACAUCCGCGCUCCAAGCUGCUGCUCUUAUUCUGGGACCAGUUGCUCUGGCAGUGGCGGCUCUUGAGCUUUCAGUCGCAGCUGCUACGAGAUCUAGGCCAGUGGUGAAGCUCGAAAUUCCAGUCGUCGAUGGUGCUUGUGUUGAGCUCUUCGAUUCAGUGGCCGUGCUACACUUUCGCACCCUUGAUGAUGCAAGGACGGCGAUGGGCCUCGUUGAAGCCUGGGAUUGGCUCUGCAGAGCUGUCCGUUCAGCGCCACAAGAUGGGCCCAACCUCUCAUCCUCCUCUUAUGAGUUUGAUCUUAGAGAAAGGGCCAAUGGAAGGAAAUCGCUCAGCGUCUCCAGCCAUUUGGGCAUAAACUCCGUUGAAUUAGGGCAUAGCUGCUGGGAGAAGCUUUUCAAGUCCUGCACACUGGUAUGCGCCAGCUUAGAGGCUCGUCCAAACUCUGAAAAGGGACUCGAGAUAUCGCUUGAUCUCAUGGUAUCGCUAGCGACCGCAGAGUUCCAGGUAGCCGUCGAUGAUGGUAUCGUUUUCGUCGGGUAUCGCACCAUACUAUAUCCUACGGCUGUGCACGGAACUUCAGCCCAGUUCCAUCUUCUCACCGAAUCCAAAGGCCAAAUCAAUCCGUACCUGCAAGAUCACGGAACCAGAGUCUUGACAGACGAUGCGGCCCAGUUCACGAAGAUGCGGUGCUUCCUGGGUUGGUGCACCGAUGCUCAAGUCAAUCUUGGAACUGAGAAACUACCAGCAUCUAUCAAGUUCAAGCGAGCGGCGGUGUUGGCUAGUCCCAAAGUUAAGUUUACUUUUGCAUAUGUGUCAAGCGGGUUAGGCCGCACAGCUAUCCUUGGAAACGGAGGAAGUGCGUUCCAGUUGCAGCAGCUUCUUCUCGGAUUGAAUAUUAAUCUGCUUAAGACAAGGGCUGUGGUCAGAGCGAGCGAAGGCAGAAUCCUGUACGGCUUUGAGUUCGGCGACAUCAUAACGCAACCUGGGCGUGGCAGUUGCAUGAAGAAACUUGAGAUCAACAGACUUGCCAGUAGGGCUUGGAUCGGCAUCGCAAACGAAGUCGACGCCGUUCUUGUGUGCGCGGAACUGGGCGAUGCAAUCACUGCUGCAGACGAGGCAAGAACUCGAAACGAUCUUUGCAGCAAGGUACCCCAAGGGCAGGACUAUCUGGCCGCAACAAUAAACUGCCUCAAGACCUUAGUUGAGCGCCGAAGCAGCGCUCUUGCCGGUGAACUGGAACCCCAAUUACUCCAGGUAUCUGAUGAGCAACUCUGGGACCUCGCGGCGAGCCCGUUCGCAGCAUGCACACACUCUAGCAGCUCAGAGACGUGCUGGCAAAGUGACAAUGUAUUUCAGCGCCUCACAACGCCGAGACUACACCGGCUACGGAACAUUUUGGGGAAGACGAGGUUAAGAUCAAGUCUUAUACCAAUUCCCGCUUCAGGGGCUGUGGUCUUUGGAGCGACUUGGUAG